AUGUUGAGAAACGGCAAGGCUCCGGUUGGCCCGAGCAAUGCCCGCCGAUGCAGGCAGCUUCUGCUUUCGGCUGGGAUGUUAUCAACCCGUUUGAGAUCCAGUUUGACCCUGGUGAGGAUGGCUGGGAAAUCCACAGUUCGGUGGAAGUGGGCGGCGGAGACCUCGAGGACCGCGGAGAUGUUGGGGCCUUCGACCAGGACAAUUGCUGGCAGUGGGACCCGAAUCAGGCGGUGCCAGCCUGUUGAUUCCGUAGCGUCGACAUUUUCUACUGAAAGCUGA